GGGGGCGGGGGUGGUGCCGGCACCGCAAGUCUGGCUCCAGACGCCUCGGGACGAGGAAGAAGAGGAACAUGGGAGCUCGCAGAAUGGAAACAGACUGUAAUCCCGUGGAUCUAAGCAGUAUGUCUGGAUUCGAAGAAGGCUCCGAGCUCAACGGGUUUGAAGGAACAGAUAUGAAGGACAUGCAGCUGGAGGCUGAGGCCGUUGUCAAUGACGUUCUCUUUGCUGUCAACAACAUGUUUGUCUCAAAAAGCCUGCCCUGUGCAGACGAUGUGGCUUACAUCAAUGUGGAGACAAAGGAAAGAAACAGAUACUGCCUGGAGCUCACAGAAGCAGGGCUCAGGGUGGUGGGCUAUGCUUUUGACCAGGUGGAGGACCAUUUGCAAACCCCCUACCAUGAGACAGUCUACUCCCUGUUGGAUACGCUCAGCCCUGCCUACCGGGAAGCAUUUGGAAAUGCUCUCCUUCAGAGACUGGAAGCUUUGAAACGAGAUGGACAGUCCUGACUCAGUCUCCUGAGGGGCUGCUGCUGGUGUAGAGUCUCACGUAAGACUUGACGCCCUGCAUAUCAUCACUGUGGAAAGUGCAUCGCUGGCUUAUGUGCUCACCAUGCCUUCCAUGUAGGCUUUUGACUCAGCAUAAUUGACUCAUAAACUGUCUUAGUUUCAGAUUCGUUUAAGGGGACUGUGAGCCCAUUGCUCUGACACUGUCCUUCUGAGUUUUACAGACACAGUCACUCUGCAUCUCCAUACCUAAUCAGUACUCCAUUCUCUUAUGACAGGGCUUCAACGCUGCCAGCACUCUUCUUUACAUAGAAAAUUCUAGAUUUGCACAGUGAUAUAGAAAUUAGAAUCGCCUAACUUGAGACCUGGAUUCAGCCUGCUAAAUCAGGGGUUUACUACUAGCUUGGACUAAUGUUGUAGUGGUUAUUUUGUUACUGGCCUUAUUGGAAACAAACCGUCGACUGCACAAAUUUUGAGAUUUACUGCUCUACUCAAUCUACUUACCAAACAGACUGAUGAAGACAAACUGCUUAUCUGUUACGUAACUAGGAUAAAAUGAAAGGCAGGGCAGAAAUAAUUCUCUAUUCCUUGUUUGCAACAGCCAGCCAACCUAGAUGGACAGACCAUUAGCAAAUGAAUGUAUCAGUUACUCAUCUCCACGCUAUCUAAGCACAUGAGCAAAUAGAGGACCAGGCCCCACCUCAGCCUCCGCUGUGGACAAGGAAGAGGAUCCUGGUUUCCCCGGAAACCGUAUCUUGGCCUGUGUUGGUUCUUACUCCGAACGUUUGUUUACAAUGUACAGUAUAUAUAUGCACAUAUAUAUUCAGAAAGUAUUUUUGCUUCAAUGCUUCCCUUUCUAUAAAGCCGUGCUUUGGUAUUCCUACAGCACCCUUCCUCCCCAGCAGUUGGGCAGAGCACUGUCCCAUUGCCACAUGAACAGUGUAUCAUGAGUGCAUUGUAUGGUUUGAAACCAAAGGACGAAUGAAGCAUUCAGAAACUUGAUAUUUAAAAAAAGAGAUGCUCUGUAUUUUAUAUUUUAUUACAGUUCCUGGUGUUUAUAAACUUAAUAAAAGUCCUCCAUGCUGCUGCAUGUUUUCCAGUAUGUGACAAACAGA